CAAGAACCCACGCGCGCAUGAAAGAGCUUCAGCAGCACGAGCCGCUCAGCACCAGUGUCUGAGAUGGAGACAUCAAGAGUCGCUCUCAUCGCUCUCGUGUGUGUUGUGUUCUCCAGUCAGAAGAGGAUCUCUGGAGCAGAAGUGGAGAUGAGAGUCAGACGAGGAGACGACGUCACUCUCUACUCCGACUGUGUUGAGGAAAGUGGAUUAUAUCCGAUGUGGUUUAGAAACUGUUCAGAGAAAGAUCAUCCUCGCUUUAACAUAUCAGCUAAAGAUAUUAUGAGCGGCACUUUUCUUUUUCACUCGUUUGUGUUUAAUGCGUCCACCAAAGCACACGAUCUGUUGAUUAAGAACGUCACAGAAUCAGAUCUGGGUCUGUACUACUGCGCUCUGCAUGGAAAUAAAAUAAAGAACAACAGCAGCGGCAUAACCUAUAGCGAGGUGUACUACUAUGGAAACAGACUUACUCGACUCUCUCUUGAAUGCUCUGGCAGUGUGUGUAAGCCGUGUGUAUCAGAGCACGGUGUUAGUUUGAAGCUGGUGUUCAGUGUGUGUGCUGUGUGUGUUCUCCUCUCCUCUUUUCUCUCCUCUAUCUGUGUGUACUGCCUCUGCACACACACCACUAAAGAUGUUAAAGAUGAUCUCACAGGUUGUGACAAAACGAUGACUCUGACACGUGAUGAGAUGUGUUUUUUAUCCACUGCAGCCUGGAAGCUCUGAUGUGUUUUAUGUCUCUUUGGACAUCCAGCCAUUCCAGAAGAAGACAAAAAAGAAAAAGCGACCUCAGCACUUUGACUUUAGUACCUAUUCAGAGGUCAUAACUGAGAGAUGUUGAGAAGGUGUUACUUCAUUUUGUAUCUCAUUUAUUACCUGAUUUUUGAAUUAUUUAUUAACCAUGUGUGCAUUAUUUUUUUUUGCAUUGUUUUUAACACUUAACAUUCUUUAACAUAGAACAAAAAAUUAUAAUUCGUGACCAUCUGAUGUGUGUAAUUUAAAUGCUUGGUGCCUAAACUUUGUGCUCUUAUUAUUUAUUGUUUAAAUCAUUGUAAUAAUUUGCAGAUUAAUUAUA